GAAAACAUAUAAAGGCACUCAUGCCGCGCCCCCUGCUUCAAUCUCCAACCAGGCCAGACCGUCCGUCCUCGUCAGUCGUCAUAGGCUUCAGAUCGCGGACUGACAAGCACACCGGAAAAGCACCAUGGUGCACGUCUCCUUUUACCGAAACUAUGGGAAGACCUUUAAGAAGCCCAGACGUCCAUACGAGAAGGAGCGUCUGGACGCGGAGCUGAAGCUUGUGGGAGAGUAUGGGCUGCGGUGCAAGAGGGAGUUGUGGAGGGUGCAGUAUGCGCUCAGUCGCAUUCGUAACAAUGCGAGAAUGCUUUUGACCCUGGACGAGAAGAACCCACGUCGGAUUUUCGAGGGUGAAGCUCUUCUCAGGAGGAUGAACAGGUACGGGCUUUUGGAUGAGAGCCAGAACAAGCUCGAUUACGUGUUGGCCCUCACUGUCGAGAACUUUCUUGAGCGCCGUCUCCAAACCCUGGUCUUCAAGUCCGGUAUGGCCAAGUCCAUUCACCACGCCAGAGUGCUUAUCAGGCAGAGGCAUAUUAGGGUUGGGAGACAGGUAGUCAAUAUUCCCUCAUUCAUGGUGAGAGUGGAUUCACAGAAGCACAUUGAUUUUUCACUCACAAGUCCCUUUGGUGGCGGGCGCCCUGGGAGAGUGAAGCGCAGGAACCAGAAGUCUGCCGCUAAGAAGGCUGCUGGUGGAGAUGGAGAUGAAGAGGAGGAAGAGUGAGCUCAAUUUUAAAUAUAAGUGGACAAUGGUACUAGUAGGGUUUUCCGUUAUGGUUUACCAUUUCCUUUGCAAACUAUAAUUGUGCUUUUUGAGAAUGAAAAAUCGUAGGGAAGUUUUACUUGUUAUUUUCUUGGAUAUUGUUGGGAAUAUGUUUAUUUUGGUUCUUUUUGGAUAUUAGGUGACUCGUCCUACAUGAGAAUUAUCUUGAAUUUCGUGCCAAA